AUGGGAGCGCGGGUGCGGCAGCAGGCGGGGGUGCCACACGGAGCGCACCACGAGAGGAUCAUGCGGGGAGAGGCGGGGAGAGAUACCCCGGGAGCCGCCCCAAGGAGCGAACUCAGGGGCUGCCUCGUCUGUAAGGCCGCGAGGGACGCGGCGAGGAGGGCGGCACUAAAGCGAGACCCGCUGUGUCCGAUCGUGCGGAAAGCCGCGCAGCAAUGGACCGAGGAAGAUGAGAACCCGCCUAGGGCGACAAUGGCGCACUUGCUUAGCGGCGCCUGCCUGGGGAAUAGGGAGCAGGCCAGAUGGUUCCUCAGAGUAGCGCGAGCGCAGACGGGGACGGCGAUCAGCAAAGUAGCCCAGGCGGCACCCGACUCCAAGGAUACACUGAAGACGCUGAGGAUAGCGCAUGUCGCUGCGCUGAAGGGCUCACGCUUCCUAUAG